AUGUUGGACCAGUACUGCUACCCGAACGUAUCAAGAUACUUAGAAAAGACAAACCAACACUAUUGCUUCGAUAAACAAAAAUUAAAAGCAUAUACGAAUAGCCCUCAAUGUGUAGACAACUGUGGCAAAAUCAUUAAAUGUUUUGGGAUCCCAACAACCGUUCCAUCUAAGGCUAUCCCCGUAGAUGUUGUAAAUAGAUUAAAGAUAAAAACCUGUGUCAUUUCGAAGAAGCAAAGAAAAUUAGACAACCUAUGUGGAGAAAAUAAAGUGUUUCGUGUGUACAAAAAUAAACAGUAUUGCAUUCCUCAUGAUCUGUUAGACAUGGACCGAGUCAGCAACAGUUGUUUUAAUGAAAGCAGCACGGUCAUCUCCUGUGCAGGUUUUUUGGAAGAUGCUGAAAAGGACAUUGCAUAUUUUGAAGUGAAUUAUGAAAAUUCGUUGCAUUUAAUUUUGUACAAUUUGUGUAGUGAAGAAUUGGAAGGGAAUGGGGAAAUGUACAGUGGGUGCCAAGACAGGUCCAUAUCAAAUCGCAGGUGCCUACCCUGGAAUUCUUUAAAUAUAAAAGAAAUGUUAGGCACAGAAUAUACACAUAACUAUUGUAGGAACCCAGAAAAAUUAACGACUAUAUAUUGCUUUGUCAACAUGAAUGGAUUUGUGUUUCGAGAAUUUUGUGAGACAAAAAAGGAGAUAAUAAUGAAUGACAUUACGUACAUGAAUGAAACCUUUUUCAACUUCGACGUGACGAUGAAGAAUGUGUCGGAUUUUCGAUUAGGACUCUCCAAAGGAGAUUGUUCCAACGAAUCUCUAAGGCCUGAUGACCCUUUUAAGGAAAUUAUACAGGAUUCUUCUGAUUAUACCUACCACAAUGUAAAUGGAGAGAUAGCCGUGACCGUUUCCUUCAAAAGAUUGUACAUGCGGUUGUAUUAUAAUACUCAUUUCUCUAUAUGUGCAUGCUAUAGGGAUUACUAUUCUGAUGAGAACUCCAAGACGUGUUUGCUUAGACACUAUUUAACCAAGGUGGGGAAUGUCCUAUCGAGCAACCCCAUUUUUGACUCUUCGGUGAAUGUGUUUAAUGUGAAUAAGGAGAAAUUUCUCACCAUAAAUGUUGACAAUUGGGCUAUGCACGAUAGGGAGAUCUACAUAAUGCAUGGGGAGCAUUCCUACGAAUGUAGGAACUUACGCUUCUUGGAAAAUAUGUUCGCAACGGGUUUUCAAAAACUGCUUAAUGUAGAUAUUAGCAAGUCCAUUGAGAAGAUAACUCCCAGUUUAGACAGAUCCAAGGCCUUCUCCACUGUGUAUGCCUACGCGGAUAAAAUUUUCGACUUGCAGACCAUGGUCAAGCGAAAUAAAGACUUUACCAAAGAGGACAUUAAACGAGUAGGCAUCGGUUGGAAGAAUGCCAAAGAAGGAGAUCCUCUAUUCUCUUUUCACAAAAUUUCCAACUUGAAAAAUGGGUCCAACUUGAUAUGUAUAAGAAAUCCGUCACACAGCGCAGUCAGCUUCAGUUAUGUAGGCAAAAUUACUUAUAAUGACUACAACACUUCGAACGUAAAGUAUUUUUUAAAAAAAGAAGCCACCGUUUUCGAGGAUAGAGUCUUCUUGAAGGACGUGGCAAAUUUUAGUCUGACCGAUCACCUAUUUUCCUUCAGCGCCAUUUCAUGCACAGAUACGGAUACCACCCUUUUAAAAGAAUUCUCGUCAAAAAUUGUAGAAGAAACGCACAUUAACAGGAUGAGGAAAUAUUCAGCCGCUUUCUUUUACAACCAUUUUAAAAGCUCCUUCAGGAGUGGUCCCCGGAAUGGUAUACUUAGGGAUGCCAAAAAAGGGAAUCGCUUGUAUACUUUCUCUUUACAACAGAUAAGGAGGAUUGGGGUUCCCCUAAAUUACCUCUGUGAAAGAAAGAAACGGAAUAAUGCGCUUAGCUCCGUUUCGCUCGUCAACCUUUCUAACUUCAUUUUCUCUCCCUAUGAAGAUUUCGCGCAUUAUUUCCAUGUGAGGAGUUUGCCAGACAGCAUACAUAAUACUUACCUGACCAGAAAAAUGUUCAGGUUUGUCAGAACGCACUUUAAUAUCAAAGGGGGAGGGAAAGCCCCCUUCAAAAUGAGCAUUUUGUCUCUCUGGUCGCACGAGGAGGACAACUACGUUUCCCUUUGGUUUGUGACGUCUGAGCACUUGACUCCAUUUUUUUUGAUCAAGUACGACUUUUACGCCCCUACGCUUUCCUUCCUGGAGUUGGUGCCGCCAGAGGCUCCGGCCAUCGAUGCGGCUAAAGCGAAGGCAUCUUACAGCGUCAGAACCGCCAUGACUGGACUCCAAACUAUGGACAACAAUUCGACCUUCCCCCCGGAGAGCUCCAAAAACGCAACCAGCUCGUGGAAAAAGCCGCACGCCAUUGCCUACAUCUACACCUUCAGCACGAAGCAGCUAGCCAUGAAGAAGUACCGAACUAGCAAUUUUUAUGACAUCACCCUGGAGAACACUAUGUAUUCCGUAAAGCUUUCGAGAACAAUCAGUAUACAUAAAUUCACCUACCAAGGGGACACCUUUUUUAUAUUCCUGCUUAAAGGCAAUAUAGUAUACCUCUGGAAUAGCCACUUUGAAGGGAUACACUUGUACGAUUCGGACCUUGAUGCUUUUAUUAAGUCUACUCCAAUUAAGAUUCAGUGCCUGGGGGGUGCCACCAUCACUUGUUUCGUUCUCUACGAGUUUCACCAAAUUUUGUGGUUUGACCUUGUGUUGGAUCCUACUAUGCCGUUGAGGCCGUUGAGACCUUUGAGACCGUUGAGACCUUUGAGACCGUUGAUCCCUUUGAGGGAGGCGGCCCUAAGUGGUGCAAACCCGCAGGAGAAGGGGACCCUCGAAAUGAAGCAAAAGAGGAAGAAUAUCCCCCCCGAGCAACUCUUCAUAGACAAGAAUAGUGAGAAUAAUAUUCUUGGAACCCAAACGAAGAACGUCCCAUCAAGGGAGGUAAAAAGGGGAUACAUAAAACAUAUAUACACGUACACAGAAGAGGACCUAGAGAUAGCUUCCGAAAUCGCGAGGGACAUGACGGUGAUAAGGAAGCUGAACGAAUAUAUCAUUUACGUCUCCAACAGUGAGUCCAACAAAUUGCACAUAUACUCAACGGAUAAGUCAGAAACAAAAAUAGAGUAUUACAAAUAUGUGAGGAAUGAGCACAUGUCUAGUUACAAGAUAAGUUCCAUUUUUAACUACUCUCAUGAAGACACAAAUUUUAUUAACGCCUUCAUAACCAAGGAGAAUGAGAUGCAGCAUGCGUUGACGUCUUUCAUGCAUGAAAGGUUAAUCACGACGAAAGUGAAUUACAAAAAUAAUACGUGGCAUGUGUACAAUAAGCAUAUCGAAAUUACGCCUGUCAUUAAGGGGGAUAGGAGACAGAUAAAGUACUUUACCAUAACUGAUAAGAACGACUCCCUAAAGGGGCAGAUUGUAGUGAUCCACAAGAAAACCGGAGUAAUACAAAUAAAGCUGAACAGAAUUGAGAAGCCACAAAUUGAGUUGUUUGUGACAAUGCAUGGCUUAUUUCAUGUGACUUCUACACGUGUCCGCUUCAACGUCGUCUGCAUGAAUGGGCACUACUUCGAAAACAAAAAGUGCCAUCCAUGUCCGAAGGGCUCCUACAAUAACCUUAAGGAGAUCAAAAAGGAUAUGAAAUGGUACACUCAGUGCAUCCCGUGUAAGGCAAACCAAACCACCUCUGUGCUGAUACCCACGAAUGAGCAGCACUGCCUUUGUGACGUAGGGUAUGAGUACAUCAUGGACCCCAAAAAUCGCCACCAGUUUAUUUGCUCUCCUUGUAGAAUUGGCGAAUAUAAGGACACCAUAUCGAAUAAGCUAUGCAAAGGAAAUGGGUGCAUCGAGAAUUCAAGCUCCUACGUGUUAGGGGCUAAAACGGAGGCAGAAAGUUUCUGCGGCUGCAACCCUGGGUACUUCCUAACCUUCGAUUUGUUCGGCACCAGUGUAUGUGAGAAGUGUCUGGUCCACCAUUACUGUCCUAGUAAAUUUGAAAAGAUACAAAAGUGCCCCAAACAUAACGAGACUUUACAAAGUGAGCGAACUGAUUUUACCACCAUAGAUAGCUGCCUCUGCAAAAAGGGCUACGAACCUAUUAACAUGAAAAAGGUGCAGCAAAAGGGAUCAAGGGAAGAGCAUUAUUAUAACCUCUUCUUCAGUACCUACUCUUAUAAGCCAAGCCAAAUUGACCCCAAACAUAUCUGCAUGGAGUGCAACAUAGGUUAUUACAAAGAAACCGUAUCUUCAGAGAAAUGUAAAAAGUGUCCCAACAAAUCUAUGAAUAAAACGUUUGGAAGUACCACCAUAGAAAGUUGCAACUCCUGUUAUAGUGGUUACUACAAAGAUUCGGAGAAGGUCUGUUCUAGAUGCCUCCCCAACCACUUCUGCGUGGGUAGCUUUCCACCAGAUGGAUUGACGCAAUACAUUGGAGAUGCAGUCAUAUGCCCAAAUAACUCAGUCACGCAGGAGCCCAACGAGUAUAAUAACUCCUUUAAAGAUUGCCUAUGUGUAGAAGGGUAUGUAAGGCACUUGCAAGAAUCCUACAACUUAAAUGAGCACUGCAAAUUGGCUCCACUCAACUUUUACAAAGACACGGUGUCGAACGACUUGGGCACCCCUUGCCCUUCUAACAGCAUCACCCUAGUGGAGGGCGCUAAAUCUAUUCACGAGUGCAUAUGCGAUAAGGGCUUUUUUUACAGUAGGAAAAGGGGGAUGUGUAUGGAAUGCCCCAUAGGGUAUUACUGCCCCGAGAAGAACAGCAAGAACAAAUUUAAGGGGCCUAUAAAAUGCCCCGAAAACUCUGGAAAUGUAAAAAAGGGUUCUUACGAAUUGUCUAACUGCCAGUGCAACUUUGGCUACACCCCCAACGCCCCCGUCAAUAAGGUUGUAAAUGCGUACACAUCUGUCAGGAGGCAGAAUAACCGCCUUAGUAGCGAACAACCCAGUCGGUUCCCCUCAUUUGUGCAUUUUGGGAAAGUCCUCCCAAGGAGAAACGCCUUCAUUCAUGUGAUUCCAAACGGGGUUGCUACUAAAGAACAGAGCGAGACACUUCAGAAGACCCCCUCCUUGCUCCUAUGCAGCAGGUGCCCAAACUCCACCUACAAAUCGACCAUAGCGAACGAAGCCUGCCACGAGUGCCCCCCCAACAGUGUUACUCUCACGAACAUUAACAAUUCGGACUUCUAUUUCUGCCUCUGCAACGAGGGGUACUACUUGGAAGAACAGACCUGCAAACCGUGCUCUUUCACGAAGUUGUACUGUCAAGGUGAGAGCAUAUUUGAAGUGCCCCCGGGCAUGUACAAUCAGAUGAUCGAGGUUAUUAGGAGGCACAUCGGAUCGUUUGGCCCCUCCCAGGGGCGCCGAUUCGUCAACUCGGUCAUCCGCCAGUAUAGUGUGGGUUGGGGAAAGGGGGCACACAGGGGUGGUAGUGGGAGGAAGGCGGCAAGUCAGAGGGGGGGUCACUCCAGCAGUCAGGAUGGACGUGCGGACGCAUCCAAGGGGGGGACUCAGGAUGGAUCUCAGAGCGGAGCUGCUAUUCAACCCCGUGAAGGCGCGAGUCCGGGCAAAAGGCGCAGGCAGCGCGGGAGACGCAGGAGACUUCCCAUCAGUAGCUACUUCGGUAAGCCGCUCCCCGUCAUGAUGCUGAGCCGCCUGAGCAGCAUAGCGGACGCGUCGACAAGUCUCUUCCUUCAGAGGUACCAACUAGCGGGUCCUCCAAAUGGACAAAUGAACCAGAAAAAAAAGCAAGACAAUUUAAUGAACCUUCUUUUGAAGAGCUUCUUCUACAGAGACAACGACAACGUGGUGUACGCAAAGUACCAGCAGCUGGUGAAAUGCCCGGAUAACACGGCCAUCCCGCUGGGGGUAGAUUCUGCCCAAAAUUAUGAUGACUGUAAAUGCGCCAAGGGGUACUACCUAGAAUCGAAAGAUGUAAGCAAAUCGGUUAAGGUGUGCAAACCGUGUAAAGAAGGAACAUUCAAAAACUUCGUUGGAGAUGAAACCUCCUGCGUGUCUUGUCCCCCCAAAUCGACAAGUCUGGAAGGAUCUGUCUACCCAACGCACUGCUUCUGUAAGGAGGGUUUUUUUUACAGUAAGGAAAACUGUUUGGCCUGCUUAGAAGGGGCCACAUGCAAAGGAGGGUUAUACCAAAACGCCAUGAGUAGGAUCCAAUUAGGGUUAGAAAAUAUACACAUAACUGCAGAAGAUCAUGUGAAGCCAGAAUCUAAAAGAGGGUACUACUUAGACGAAGUUAUGACAAAAAAUAUAGAUGUAAGUGAGUGGAAGUUUAUAAAGUGUCCAAUUCAAGGUGCCUGUCUUGAACGAAACAAAUGCCAUCACAGCAUGAAUAAUUACUUAUGUGUGGAAUGUGCAAAGGGGUAUACCAACACCUUUAUGAGAUCUGUGUGUGUGAAGUGCCCAAACAACACUGUCAAUAUGGUUAUCCUAUUUUCCAUAUACAUUACUUUUUGCUUUAUCAUCAUCCUUAUAUCAUACCUGAAUGUGUCUUCUGGCUUUUACAGAAGGUCGAUCCACUCGAUUGUUAUAAAAAUUGCAGUCAACUACAUUUCGAGCAUGUUGCUGAUUAACAUUUUGGAAGACAAAAAUUUGCUUCUGCCAGAGUUUGUUCACCAAUUGUAUAUUCACAUUACCAAGUUGAUAAACGUAGGAGAGAGCAGAAGAAUUAUCAGCAUCGACUGUCUAUUGAGACAUUAUUUCGACUUGAGCUAUGCGGACUCUUUCUUCUAUUCCAGCUUGUUAUUUUUUUUUAUUCCGGUACUCCUCAUGGGCACGUUAACCUUCAUGUUGUUUGUUAUUUUGAAGAUAUACACCCUGUUGAGGAAGAAGGCAAUUGAGAACAAGCUUGACCUGCUCAGUAUAGCCAAAAGGGAGAGGAUUCACUUUUUGGCUAACUCCCUGGAGAAAUCCUAUUCCAAAGAAAGAUUCAUCAUGAUAUUGAGGUAUAUUAAAUUACAACACUACACUUGGAUGGAUAGAGCCUUUAUCUUUUUUGAAGAUAUGAUUCCCGUGUAUGUUACCUUCCUAUUUAUGAUUCAUGCAAAGACGUCCAUGAGAAUGUUUCAGCUUUUCGACUGCUCCUACAUUAUGUACACAAAAAAUUUGGGCAGAUAUAUCCUAAGCAGGGUGAGUAGUGUGCAGUGUGAUUUGAAGACGGAUUAUUUGAAGUUUUUCAUUUUGGGUUUAUCCGGAACGGUUAUAUGGUCCCUGGGAAUUCCCCUACUCUCCUUCUUCGUCCUGUACACAAAUAGGCACAAUUUGUUUCAAGAAAAUGUUCGCAUAAAAUAUGGCUUCCUACACAAUGGGUAUUUGCCAAACAGGUGGUACUGGGAGAUUAUCGUCUUUGCGAGGAAGAUCUUUUUUCUUUUCAUCACCACAGUUGUGUUGUUCCCAUCGGACGAAACGAACACUUCCAAGUUGAUGCUAAUUACUUUCGUGGCCAUAUUCUCCCUCUGCGUACACUUCAUAUUUCAGCCAUUUGACAAGAGAAAUUUUUUUACCCUAAACAAGUUGGAAAAUAUGAGUUUGUUCAUAUGGACGUCGACCAUCGUGGUUACAUCCAUUUUGCUUUCCAUCCAUCUGCAUGGAUUCCUGAAUUUUGUCAUUUUGUUUUCCCUCAUUUUGCUGCACGUCAUGUUCACUGUGAAGCUGUUGAUUUGUUUGUUCUACGAGUGCAUCGAUAACCUCAGGCGGAAGAAGGCCCUCUUCCACAUCCCCCUUCUCAGCACCUUUGCCAAAGCGCUCGUCGACGUUGUACAGAGGAGGAAGGAGCAGGAGCCUUUAAUUUACUACGACAAGGAUGCAAGACAAAUUUCGAUUAUUUUGCCUGACUGCGUUGUGCAGAAAAAAAAAAAAGUCAGGCUUUUCGCUAGCUCGUUCAGGCGAAUUUUCAAAAAUGUGCGCGCCUUUUGGAAAAAGGGGGUGAGGCAGUGGGGGGAAGGUCCCGACGGGGGGGGGCGCCGCGCCAGCGAUGGUGGCAUUUGCGGUAUCUGCGGCAACUAUGGCGGCUGUGACAACUGUGGCAUCUGCGGCAACUAUGGCAGCUGUGGAAGCACCCACGGAGGGAGCCUCUGCGGUAGCCGCGAAGGGUACGCGCAACUCACGCAUGGAGCAGGGGACCCCCCGAACGACGAAUCCCUGGGCAACAUCCAAGGAGGUCCAUCAAAAGAGGGAGUGAAAAGAAGACCAACAUGUGGAGCGAAGAAGGACGAACAACAUGGAAGCCUGAACGUGCAGGCAAAAAAGGGAAACAAAAAUGAUCACCAUUUUUGCACACAAAAUUUACCGGAAAACCAAAAAAUGAGUUUCUUCUUUUUUCUCAAAAAUAAUAGCGAGUCCGUCUGCGCAAAUAUCAACAAGGAGCAGCGAAUGUUCGCAAUUGAAAUUUACAAAGAAUUGCUAGACAUAUUCAUGAAGAACGUCACGUUAACGUACAUUUCGGAAAUCUUUUUCGAAUUCAUAUUUAAAAUUACCAUCAACAUAGGAAACUUGAUUGACAAUCUGGACCAGAAGGAUAAAAUAUUCGUGUCCAUGGAUCAAGAGCAGAACUUUAAGAACAUCAUUCAGUGGUCUCUCGAACGGAUGGAAAAAUGUAGCGAAAAUAAAAAGUUGGAAGAAAGCAAAAUAAUUAAUUUGAAAAAUUGUAAAUAUGAUUGUGGUUUGCUUAAUCUCGAUGUCGACGCGCUGCAAGUUCCUUCCUCUCUCUUUGAAGAGGACCGGACGGAGUCCUAUCGAAGCGUUGGUAAGGUGGCACGAGGGGAGUCGUCCAGCGAAACUUCUGGAAAGUUCGGCCUACGCGGAAGGGGCCCCGAACUUCAAGUGUCCGACGAAGAGAAAGAGAAACUCUUCUCGUUCUUCAGCGACGAUCUCCUGGACAGGAAAAUCCCCCUCUCCGAAUUCUACCUAAUCCUCACAGAACUCAAGCUCAAGUACAGCGGAAACCUCACUGCCUACUUCUACAUGUUCAGGCUGUACAAAAAAUUGGAAAAGCUCCAGGAAAGGAAGAAGCUGAGAAGGCUAAACAAGAAGCUGCGCAAGUGCCAACGAAUUAGCGACACGAGGAAGAAAAAGUCCCGCGAACAAAUGCUCGAGAAGGACAAAAUAAAAGAAAAAACAGCGCUACUGUACAAGGAACAUAAAGACCUGUCUAAAAUGUUGGCGCAGCUGAAAGGGCAGUACAUUAACAUGAGUAGGAACGACUCGGAAAAUUUUUCAUCUGAGGAAUUUGGAAUGCCCGAUAUGGAUGGUCACAUUUCCCUUUCCAGUGGGGACUCCAUCGAGGGAGUGCUUCUUUCGAUGGGCUUCGAUCAGAAGGAGCAAGAAAGCGACCGGGGCGAGCGCGAGUUCAAGUGA